AUGUUCUGGUUCAGCUUCAACGGUCGCUGUUACAAAUAUGUGCCCACUCCUAUGUCCUGGGCCGAUGCAGAGCUCAACUGUGUGUCUCAGCGCACCAACCUGGUGUCCAUCCACAGCCUGGCAGAACACAACUUUGUGAAGGGGUUGAUUCAGAAUUUUGAUCACACUCAGGGCCGAACCUGGAUUGGACUCAGUGACAUCCACAAAGAAGGAGCGUGGAUGUGGUACAUCCUGUGUAAGCCUCCUGCAGAGGUCACACAGACAGGUCUGAAGUGCAUCUACAUGGACUCUGAAGAGAAAACCAUGACUUUCAGUACCGUAGACAAAGUCCUGUUCAACACACUCAGGCCUAUGCUGGGAUCUGGCACACUGGCGCCCCCACCUGUCUCUGGGCGGAAAAAUCAGACAUGCAGCUUCAUUGCCACUGACCCGGUGGCAGCUCUCAGGGCUCUGUCUCGUUCUAGCGAGAGCCAAAGUGCUUUAUGCCACUUCAAUAUACACACAGUCAUGACACAACCAGCUAAGAGACAGAGGAAGUCUUUGACCGAGGACGCAAGGGAAAGAAAACGAGAAUCGAACAGAGCUCGAGCUCUCAGGAGUCAGUUUGGGGAAGUGCCUGUUUUUCCCGGAGAAGCAGUGGUACCUCCAAUUGUGAAAGGUUCCCCAUUAACACCGUGGAUCGUCCUCAUCUCAAGUGAUGAGCUCAUGAAACAGCAGCAUGUAGAACUCUCUACGCAGUUCACCGAACAUCUGCCCAGAGCAGGAGCUCUGAGUUUGGGCAAUAGCGAUGGGGACCUGUAUGUGAAGUUGGCCGCUAAUUUGGAGAGUGAACUGAAGGCUCAGACCUGGGGCCGUCAGGAGAAGAGAGACGGGAACUUCUGUCACGAGAACUCAUUCAGUGUGAUUAAUGUGGAGAAGAUACAAUGCAACAUAAAGGAUCCUGAGCUGAAGUCAUGGUCACCCAGUAGUGAUCACUCCAAAUGGGCCAUAACCACUUCUCCCGGCAAAACCUGGACCUGUUUCGGAGACAUGAAUCGCGCCGAGUCACAGUACCUACGCUGGGGAGGAGCUCUGUGCAUCGACAGCAAAGAAGUCCAUGCUUUAUUUGAAGGGUGUUUGAAUCGCAAACGUCCACGCAAUUGUUAA